UAGUACGUAGCUCUCAGAUAGUAGUUUUGUAGCUCGCAUCAUAACUUAUCUCGAGGAGUGUUGUGGAUAUAAGGCGAUAAAACCGGCAUGAGUUUACUGUACCGUGUGAUAUCACAUUCGACGGAGGCGUGUUCGUCGUAUUUCCCGCAAAGUGGGUCUUUCAUUAUUACACUCGUAACCUUUACGAAAGAUAAGUAAUACCGCAAUCAGUAAAUAAGAUUGAAGUGAAUUCGAUCAUAAUAGUUUCGUUACUCGGAGAAGAAGCAACAGAGAUGGCUCUUUACAGUUUGAAAAGCAACCUGCAGUACGCGACGUUGAAGACGCUCUCACUGGUGUCGAUCAGCGUGAUGUCGCCCCAACAGACUGUCCAGGAGUUGUUCAGGACAGCGGACUGCGUUUGCUUCGAUGUAGACUCGACCGUCAUACAAGAUGAAGGCAUCGAUGAACUGGCCAAGUUCUGCGGGAAAGGAGACGAGGUUAAAAGACUGACGGCGGAAGCAAUGGGCGGCAAUAUGACAUUCCAGGAAGCCUUGAAGAAGAGACUGGACAUCAUCAGGCCUAACGUCGGUCAGAUCAGAGAAUUCAUUGAGAAAUUUCCAGUUAGACUAACUCCUGGUAUUACAGAGUUAGUGAAAGAGUUACACGAAAGAGGAGUCAUCGUAUAUCUAGUUUCGGGCGGAUUCAGGAGUCUAAUAGAACCGGUCGCGGAGAGACUAAACAUCCCAACUAUCAACAUCUUCGCUAAUCGACUCAAGUUUUAUUUCAAUGGUGAAUACGCUGGCUUCGAUGAAAACGAGCCAACAUCGAGAUCUGGUGGCAAAGGUUUAGUGGUGAGACGACUGAAGGAAUUGCACGGGUACCAGCGCCUGGUGAUCGUCGGGGACGGGGCUACCGAUGCCGAGGCUAGCCCACCUGCUGACGGCUUCAUUGGUAAGUUCUGUAACUUUUUUUUUCUUAUGAAUGAGAGAUUACGGUGGCCAAGAGGCCUUUCUAGUUUCACCAGGACAGGUGAGCGAGCAAAGGCUUUUUUUAUUUUAUUUUUAUUGCUUAGAUGGGUGGACGAGCUCACAGCCUACCUGGUUUUAAUUGGUUAUUAGAGCCCAUAGACAUCUACAACGUAAAUGCGCGACGCGCGACCCACCUUGAGAUAUAAGUUUUAAGGUCUCAGUAUAGUUACAACGGCUGCCCCACCCUUCAAACCGAAACGCAUUACUGCUUCACGGCAGAAAUAGGCAGGGUGGUGAUACCUACCCGUGCGGACUCACAAGAGGUCCUACCACCAGUAAUAGCUCAGCCAGAAGGGGUGAAAUUUCCUAACAGCUGCCCGAACGCCUCCAAAGGAGACCUAACAACUUAAGAGCAGUCGGUUCGCAAAUGAAUCUACUACCAGAUAGGAAUUGCGACCCGCUGAGAAGAUCCGGCGAGAAACUCAGCUGGCUGUUGCAUGGGUUAGGUUGCACGUUGAACUCUUAGCGAGCUGAAGGCAUCUAAUGCAAGAAUUAUUGGAUCUGAUGGACCCUUAAGGACGUGUCUAGGGCGUCGAGGGUGACUGGCUUCUGCGUGAUCAGGAUUUGGGGGAGUUCUGUAACAGUUGAAGAUACUGGUCGUAUAUGUUGUGGACGUUAAUGUUUUUAGGUUUGCCGGAACUGAUUUUGUGUGUUUGUAGGGACAGCCGCUAUGUAAUAAAAUUGGGUCUUCGAGUCUUAGUAUCAAUUUAAAGAAACCUUAGUCCCCGAUUGAGCAUCUACGAAAUAUAUACUACAAUAUUUAUUGGCAUUAUAUCAUUAAUGACAAUCAAACUAAACAACUCAUUUGAGUCUGAACGUUGACUGUGAAAAAAAUACAGUAUUUAUUAUUUUUAUGUCGGUCUAAAACAUUAUAAUGAGUUAUUUAAUGAGUAAUGCGAACAGUGUUUGCACAUGUUUAUAAAUGACGAGACGGGGUUAUCGAUAUUGCCCUUUGUAAAUCUUAAUAACUCUGUGAGUUCUAAGGCGGUCGUUUCAAAGGAGUACCUCGUUAAAUCUAGAGCUUAGAAUCAAAGAGACCCGUACCAUCAACUGGGUGGUAUGUUACUCUACCUACAGCAUAUUAUUAUAAGUUUUAAUUUGUUUAAGACUUUGACUGCGGCAUGUAAAAUUAUAAACCCCUGUUGCUGCGGUGGGUCAAUAUGAAUAAUAUAAUGUCAAUAUAAAUAAUAUAAUCUGUAUGUGGGAUUUUCUAUUCAGGUUGAAGGUGUUAAAAUUCCCUUUCAUUAAAAUACGACCAAAAAUAAACUCUAAUUUCUGUCUUAUAAAGGUAAUUGUUAUUUGCAGGCUUCGGGGGUAACGUGGUGCGUGACGAAGUCAAGAAGAAGGCAGCCUGGUACGUCACGGACUUCCAAGAGCUGAUAGAUUCAUUCACCAUACAGACCAAGUCUUAGUGAGGAGUACAAUGACCUUAUAGGACUCAUACAAUUUGCAUGCUUCAAAUUACUUUAUCGACAUUAGACUAAUUUCAAUAUUAGUAAAUACUAAAUAUGUCUUAUAGAUUGAUUUUUAUAUUAGCGACCAUAGGUCGUGUAGUUUGAAUGUAGUGAAUUUUGAUGUUGACAUCUUAAAUUUUUAGUAGGUACUUCAAAUUGCUUUUAUGGCUAGCUACUAAACUAGUCUAGUGUAGACUAUUAGUUAUGACUUCAUUUAAAGUUUUAACGGAAAUUGACAACGUUCAAACCGAUUCGGGAAUGAAAUAGGUGUUGCUAGUGUUGAAAUCAAAAUUUUACCAACAGUUAUAGUGAAACGUGUGAAAUUUUAUUUAUUUAAUCCAAUAAUAAAUAUAUUUUAAUAAACUUGUAAAAAAAACGUAGUAAUUUACACUGUGAUGUAACAUCGCCUUAAAUAUUAUUUGUAUAUGAUAAUAGUUAUUAAGAUACAAUAUUUUAAUUAAAUGUACUAUUAGUAAUCUUUGGAUUUUUUGUAUCAUUUAACUAGUAUAUUUUGCUGUAUAAAUUUCAAAACAGAACUUAGCACAGUCUUUUAACUGGAACCUGUAUUUCGAUUGUGCAUUUAUAAUGAAAUUCUUUUAGUAAAAUUCUAACACACAUUUUACAUUGUGAUCGUACUUUAAGUACAAAAAAUUAAGCUUAUUUUUGUUUGUUAGUGUUUCGGGGACUUAGUCCUUUUUGGAUUAAUUUUUUUUUAAACGAAAUUCUAUUUUUAUGUUGUAGUAUGUGUAAUAUUUAGGUUUAAUUACAUUAUAGUAGUCAAUUAUAAUGUUUUGUAGUACAGGGUGCCGCGAGGGUAAAACGCAAUUGUGCUCAAAACGUAAGCGAGAAACAAUACUCAUUUUUUGAGCGUGUAUUUGUCGUUUUAGCAGGUAAUCUAAACAGAGGGUAGAAAUGAAAACCGCUCCUCGAGAGCGUAGAGACCCUUUCAGCCGAUUUGCAAUACAUUGCGUGCUGAUGCGAACCAACUGAAAUGCGAAGUGUUAUAUUAAGGAAAUUAAUGAAUAAUAGCCGACGUAACCUAAUAGGUGUAUGGCUCUAAUAAAGAAUAUAAUAAUAAUGAAUAAUGAAAAUAUUGGUGAACGGUUAAAUUCCAUAAUAUGUUACGAAAUUGGAUUGUGUUGCCAACACAAAAAGUUGGCAUCUAAAACACCGGAAUUGUUGAUUGUUAAAAACGGCUGUGUACUUCUUAUGCUCUAAGGUUUUGUAAUUAAACGAAUAAAAUUUUAAUAUUACGAUGUGA